AUGGUGGAUCUCCUCAGAGAAUACCGGGACGUCUUCGCUUGGGCCGCAGAGGAGGUUCAAGGAGUCCCGCACCACCUCAUGAUACAUGAGUUGAACGUCGACCCCCGAAUCCGCCCGAUCAAACAGAAAAGAAGGCACCUCGGCCCUGAGCGCAGUCGAGCUGUUGGUGAAGAAGUGGACAAGCUCCUCCCUGCGAAGAUCAUUCGGGAGGCUCAGUAUCCGACCUGGUUGUUCAACCCGGUCAUGGUAAAGAAGGACACCGGGGCUUGGAGAAUGUGCGUCGACUUUACCGAUCUCAACAAGGCCUGUCCCAAGAACUGCUACCCCUUGCCCAAAGUCGACACCCUCGUGGACUCGGCAAUGGGUUAUGAGGUCCUCUGCUUUCUCGACGCCUUCAAGGGGUACCACCAAAUUGGAAUGAGUCAGGAAGACCAAGAAAAAAUGGCCUUCUACACUGAUCGAGGAACAUAUUGUUACACCACCAUGCCAUUUGGGUUAAAGAAUGUUGGGGCCACGUAUCAACGUUUGGUCAACCAAGCCUUCAAAUCCCAGAUCGGACGAAAUAUCGAAGCCUACGUGGAUGACAUUUUACUCAAGAGCCAGACGACCUCUUCCUUCCUCUCUGACCUGAGAGAAGUCUUUGAUGUCCUUCGGAAGACGCGGAUGAUGUUGAACCCCAAGAAAUGUGUUUUCGGGGUCACUUCGGAGAAAUUUCUGGGAUACCUCGUUUCGAGACGAGGCAUCGAAGCAAAUCCGGAUAAGGUGAGAGCGAUUCAAGAAAUGUCUCCACCUCGGUGUGUUUGCGAUGUGCAGAGGCUGACAGGGCGGUUAGCCGCCCUGAACCGAUUCCUAUCGCAAUUAGCUUCCAAGGCGUUACCCUUUUUCAAGGUCUUGAAGAAGGCUGACAGUUUCUCUUGGACCGAGGAAUGUCAGCAGGUCUUCGAGAAAUUGAAGGAGUACCUUCACCACCUCCCGACACUCACCUCACCUCAGCCAAGGGAUAAGUUGUUUUUAUAUCUGUUUGCCGUGGUCGAGGCCGUUAGCACCGUGCUGGUCCGGGAAAAAGUUGUACAAGUUCUGAUCUACUACGUCAGCCGAAUUCUCAGAGGUCCGGAGACCAGAUAUACUCAAGCAGAGAAGCUCGUGCUGGCCUUGAUCCACGCAGCCCGCCGUCUCAAGCCCUAUUUCUUGGCUCACCACGUUUGUUUGAGAACUGACCAGCCCCUCAGACAAGUUCUAUCACGUCCGGAAGCUUCCGGACGCCUUACCAAGUGGGCCAUCGAGUUGGGGGAGUACGAUUUAUCUUACGAGCCUCGCACGGCAAUCAAAGCUCAGGCUCUCGCGGACUUCCUUGCCGAACUUACUUUUGAUGAGGCGAACGAAGCCAUCCCAGCUACUACCCAGGUUACCACCUCGUCCACCGCCGAACAUCAACGCUGGACCUUGCGUGUGGACGGUUCGUCCAAUAGUGAGGGUAAUGGAGCAGGCUUACUUCUCGAAGACCCCCAGGGAGAGGUGUGCUCAUACGCCUUGAGAUUCGACUUCGUCGCCUCUAAUAAUGAAGCCGAAUACGAGGCUGUCAUUGCCGGCCUGCAGCUAGCUCGUAAACUCGGGGCCUCGCAUAUCUUGGUCUAUAGUGACUCUCAACUCAUCGUGUGUCAAAUAUUAGGCGAAUACGAGGCCAGGGAGGAGGUGAUGCAUCGUUACCUCUCCAAGGUCCUCCAGCUGGUGGCACACUUUGAGUCUUUUGAAAUCCAAAAGAUACCGCGGUCACAAAAUAGGAGAGCUGAUGCCCUCUCCCGACUCGCUUCUACCUCAUUUUCUGACCUGAACAAGACGGUCCUCGUAGAGGUCCUAGCCAAGCCGGGGUACGAAGGAGAAGUAGUAUACCCCGUUAACUCUGGGGACACCUGGAUGGGGCCGUUAGUUCGCUUUCUCAGCCGAGAUGAACUUCCCGAGGACCGAGCAGAGUCGAGGAAGUUUCAACGUAAAGCAGGUCGGUACACCCUUCGACAAGACCUCUUGUACAAGAGGUCUUACCUCGGCCCUUGGCUGCGGUGCAUUACGUCGGAAGAAGGCGAAAGGAUCCUACAAGACAUACACGAGGGACUCUGUAGUGCUCACGUCGGCUACAGGAUGCUCGUUAAGAAAUCCUUAUUACUUGGGUAUUUCUGGCCCACCAUGAGGGUAGAUGCCCAAGUCAUGUGGGGAACUGAUAUCAUUGAUCCAUUCUCCAGGGUUCUAGGUAAUUAUGCCUACGUGGUUGCGGCCGUGGACUAUUUCACCAAAUGGGUUGAAGCCGAGUCUCUGAGAAGCAUCACUGGAGCCGUUGUUCAAAAAUUCUUUUGGAAGAGUGUGGUCUGUCGCUUCGGCCUGCCCCGGGUGGUCAUCUCGGAUAAUGGCAGGCAAUUCGCGGAUAAUCCUUUCAAGGCAUGGUGUGAAAACUUGGAGAUGAAACAGCAUUUCACCUCGGUUGGACACCCUCAGGCAAAUGGACAAGUUGAAAACUUCAAUCGAACUCUCCUCCAUGGCUUCAAGACCAGGCUCCUGGAUCGUCGUGAAUGGAAGAGCUCCCCAGCGUGCUGUGGUCCUACCGGACUACGCCGAGGUCAGCAACCCAAGAGACCCCGUUUUCCCUAA